AUGGCUGACGAUUACUCCUACGACUACGAAUACCUCUUUAAAAUUGUCUUGAUCGGAGACUCCGGCGUUGGGAAGUCGAACUUGUUGUCGCGUUUCACUCGCAACGAGUUUAACCUCGACUCGCGCUCCACGAUCGGUGUUGAGUUUGCCACCCGUACUAUUGAAAUCGACGGUAAGAGAGUCAAGGCCCAGAUCUGGGACACCGCCGGGCAGGAACGUUACCGCGCCAUCACCAGCGCCUACUACCGCGGUGCUGUCGGCGCGCUUGUGGUGUACGAUAUCAGCAAAUCUGAGUCGUACGAGUCUGUUUCGCGCUGGUUGAAGGAGUUGAAAGAGAACGCUGACGCUAACAUCGUCAUGGAGUUGGUUGGGAACAAGUCCGACUUGGACCACUUGAGAGCGGUGCCUACCGACGAAGCCAAGAAUUUUGCCUCUGAAAACCAGUUGUUGUUUACUGAAGCAUCUGCGUUGAAUGCUGAAAACGUUGACUUGUCCUUCCACCAGUUGUUAAAGAGCAUCUACGAGAUGGUCAGCAAGCACCAGCUCGACGUCUCAGACUAUUCCGGUCCUAAGCCUUCGGGCGGCCCAACCAUCUCCUUGACCCCAGCCCCGGUCGACAAGAAGGCAUCCUCCAAUUCUGGCUGCUGUUAG